UCCCAAAUAUUUUCUUCCUUUGGUGGCUGCUUUUUCUCCUCUUUUUCUCUCCGUAGAUUUCUCUGGCCUCUUCCUUUCUCUCUUCAAUUUCCCUUCGCUCUCAACUGUUUCUGCACAGCAGCCAUGUCUUUCAGAGGGACAAAUGCUUCAUCUGGGAUGGGUGUUGCUGAACACAGCAAAAGCACAUUCUUGGAGCUGCAGAGGAAAAAGGUGCAUCGCUAUGUGAUCUUCAGGAUUGAUGAGAAGAAAAAAGAGGUUGUAGUUGAAAAGACUGGCGGCCCAGCUGAGAGCUAUGAUGAUUUCACUGCUUCAUUGCCUGACAAUGACUGUCGAUAUGCAGUUUAUGACUUUGAUUUUGUGACUUCAGAGAAUUGCCAGAAAAGCAAGAUCUUUUUCAUUGCAUGGUCUCCUUCUGUGUCUCGGAUUCGUGCAAAGAUGCUUUACGCAACAUCCAAGGACAGAUUUCGAAGGGAGCUGGAUGGCAUUCACUAUGAAAUCCAGGCCACUGACCCGACUGAAAUGGACCUCGAGGUGCUCAGAGAACGUGCACACUGAGUAUUGUACAACCUAAAGGAACAGGUCCUUUGUUGUUUGGGUUAGCUGCCAAUCAUAUGUGUAGGAAUUGUAUCCAACACAGAAUACAUACAUAAAUAUAUAUAAAUAGGUUAAGUAUUAAUAAUACUUGGGAAGGCUGAUCAGGAGCUCAUUGUGACACCUGGGGUUGUGGGAUGGUGGGCUCCUUAUUGCCAUGAUGCUUCUCAGGUGAUAAUGGGUGUGGCUAUGGAUUGUUAAUGGAAUUGGCACUUUGUAUUACUUGUGACUUGCUUUCCAACUUGAGUUUCCAUCAGGACUCAACGAGUGGGAGACCAUGAAAAAAUAUAUUUUAUUGUUUCAGCUAUCCUUCUCCUUCCACUGCAAAUUCUGAGAAGGUUAUUAUUACCUGGUGGUGCAGCAAUUGGGAGUCUGAAGUGGUUUUACGGUGAAGCCAUGGGUAAUGGCUUAAAUAUUUGAAUGUUGUAAUUUAAGGUGACCAUUAGCUCUUAUUUCAUUUCGUCUUUUAGCAUA